AUGCUACGGGCAAGAUCAAAAAGACAAAAUAAAAAUGUAACUCCAUAUAAUGUAACUGAAUUGUCAUAUCAAGACAUGAUUGAUGUAAAAGCACUUGCUUCGAAAAUAAUUAAAAACAAAAUUAUAGCGGAGAAUGGGGAAAAAGUGUGCUGGUUGAAAAUAAAAUGUCUAAGAUUUGAAAAGGAAUUACCUGGUUUUAUUAAAUACAGAUACGAUUACGAUGGGCAAUAUAAUUUACUAAAUACUCUUUGUAAACCAGGGAGAUCGACUAGGAGAACUCCAAACUCUGAAAUUCCAACUAUAAAUACUGAAGAUCUUCCCCGGGCAUAUAGACAAUGUCUUCCUAUAACAAACCAAAAAAAGAAAGACCUUUUACAGCUCUGCAAGAAAAAUAUAAUUCCUAAAGAGCUUCACGGCUGGUACGAAAGUUUACCAUGUUUAAACGAAGACCAGGGUACACCACACUCCACUGAUUCAUCCGAAGUCGAUGAGUAA